AAACAGAGAUUGCUAAGAGGUGCAAUAAAUUCAACUUCCUCCUAUCUCUCUCUGCAAUAACAUAAAAACAAAAAUAUAAAUCAUACUAAUCUCUUUGUUGUUGGGAAACUCAGCUUUUGAUCAGAUGGCUCCACCGUCACCUGAAAUCCCCAAUCUGCAAGGGACUCAGCAUAAGCGUGUGACAGUCCAUAACAGCCAUGGUGAGGAACUGGUGGGCGUGCUACAUGAAACAAAUUCCCUGGAGCUUGUAAUUAUCUGCCAUGGUUUCAAAUCAUCGAAGGAUCGGAUUCCCAUGGUGAAUCUUGCUGAUGCUUUUGAGAAAGAAGGAAUCAGUGCCUUCCGCUUUGACUUUGCAGGAAAUGGUGAAAGCGAAGGUUCCUUUCAGUAUGGUAACUACCGCAGAGAAGCUGAUGAUCUUCGUGCCAUAGUUGAGCACUUCCAUGAAGAGGAGCGUUUCAUAGCAACAAUAGUUGGUCAUAGCAAAGGGGUGUGUGUGGUGCUUUUUGGAGGAUGGCGGUACCACUAUACCGGAACAGCAUGUGCAGUAUACCUAACAGAUGUUUCCUGGACUAUGCUGUUGUUUGAUUUGAGAGGAAAUGUUGUGCUCUUGUAUGCUUCGAGCUACAAGGAUGUAGAUGCUGUCGUAAAUAUUUCUGGUCGCUUCAAUCUUGAGAGAGGGAUAGAGGGUCGCUUGGGCAGAGACUUCAAGGAGAAGAUAAAGCAUGAUGGUUUUAUUGAUGUUAGAAACAGAAAAGGAAGAUUUGAAUAUCGUGUCACUGAGAAAAGUUUGAUGGAUCGUCUAACAACUGAUAUUCGUGGAGCAUGUCAAAAUAUUCCCAAUAGAUGCAGGGUAUUGACAGUCCAUGGUUCAAUGGACGAAAUGGUGCCAGUCGAAGACGCUAUGGAAUUCGCCAAGAAUGUGCCAAAUCAUAAAUUACAAAUUAUUGAAGGAGCUGAUCAUGAAUUUACUUCUCAUCAAGAUGAGUUGUCUUCCGCUGUGUUGGCUUUUGUGAAAGUGGAUUUACGUGGAAAUUACAUGGCUAUGCCAUCUCAAUCAUGCAAACCGAGUGGACAUAUACAUUCACGAUUAUGAUUCAGUAUCUUUCAGUUGUGUACAAGUUAACUAUUUAGUAACAAAGUAGCCACCGAAACAACUUCGAAGUGAAUAUAAUCAUUGUCAUUCAUCACUAACUAUAUUAAGUUCUUGAAGGACCAAAUAUGAGAAUUCGCGAGAUCACAUGAAAUUUAGUAUUUGAGUAUGUAUAGAUUAGAUACUAAAGAAGAUGGGGAAGAGUGCAUGAAAAGAAUAAUAUUAUAAUACUAAUGGGGUUGUUUUCUUUCCAAGUUUGCUGGGAAGAACAUCUUUCAACA